UAUUCUCAGUUUCUCUUAGUAAUCCUUCACAUGGAAACCUUCGUCUUCUUCUUCGUUGGGAUAGCCACAUUAUCAGCAUAUCUCUUCUGGUUCUAUUUCCUAGCUCGAAACCUGUCCGGUCCAAAAGCCUGGCCUAUCGUGGGAAGUCUACCCGGUUUAAUCGCGAACCGGUCUCGUGUUCAUGAUUGGAUAGCAGAAAACCUUAGACGGACUGGUGGAUCUGUCACUUACCAGACUUGUAUUCUUGCUCUUCCUUUCAUUGCUCGUAAGCAGAGCUUCUACACAGUCACUUGCAAUCCUAAGAAUAUUGAACACAUACUUCGAACCCGGUUUGAUAACUACCCGAAAGGUCCGACAUGGCAAGCAGCCUUCCAUGACCUGUUAGGUCAGGGAAUUUUCAACAGCGACGGCGAUACAUGGGUCAUCCAACGUAAGACAGCGGCGCUAGAGUUCACCACUCGAUCACUCCGUCAAGCCAUGGCACGGUGGGUCAACCGGACUAUUAAAUUCCGGUUCUGGCCCAUUCUGGCCGAAGCGGCAAUGAACCACUCCCCUGUAGACUUGCAGGAGUUGUUGCUGCGCUUAACGUUCGAUAACAUAUGUGGGCUCACUUUUGGUAAAGACCCAGAAACACUCUCGCCCGAGUUACCUGAUAACCCGUUCGCUCUCGCGUUUGACUCGGCCACCGAGUCGACUCUGCAGAGACUACUCUACCCGGGUUUCUUUUGGAGAUUUAAGAAGGCUUUAGGAAUCGGAUCGGAGAGGAGAUUGAAGGAGAGCUUAAGAAUCGUGGAGAGUUACAUGAUGGAUGCAAUCAUAGCACGCAAGGAAGCACCUUCAGAUGACUUGCUUUCUCGGUUCCUUAAGAAAAAAGACAUUAAUGGAAACUUCUUCCCAAGCUCGUUCCUCAGUUUUAUUGCUCUCAACUUCGUUCUUGCCGGCCGAGACACUUCAUCCGUUGCACUGAGUUGGUUUUUCUGGCUCGUCAUGACUCACCCACAAGUGGAAGAGAAGAUCAUCAACGAGAUAUCAACGGUCCUUAAGAAGACACGUGGUGAUGAUCGAAAGAAAUGGGUGGAAGAGCCGUUGGUUUUUGAUGAAGUGGAUCAACUUGUCUAUCUGAAAGCAGCGUUAUCCGAAACGCUUCGAUUGUAUCCGUCGGUGCCGGAGGAUUUCAAGUAUGUCUUAUCGGACGAUAUUCUACCUGACGGAACAGUCGUGCCGGCCGGUUCGUUGAUUACUUACUCGAUUUAUUCGGUGGGAAGGAUGGAAGCCAUAUGGGGAGAUGAUUGUUCGGAGUUUCGACCGGAACGGUGGAUCUCGCAGGACGGGGAGAGGUUUGAAACGCCUAAAGAGGCUUACAAGUAUGUGGCGUUCAAUGCGGGACCGAGAACUUGUUUGGGGAAAGACUUGGCUUAUUUACAGAUGAAGUCGGUGGCUGCGACCGUACUGUUGCGUCACCGGCUAUCGUUGGUUCCUGGUCACCGUGUUGAGCAGAAGAUGUCGUUGACGUUGUUUAUGAAGAACGGGCUGCGUGUGUACGUACACGAACGAAAUCUGGAAGGGGAUAACGGCAGCGUUACCUGUUCCAAUUAA